CGCGCUCGCAGAUAGAGCUUCAGGGGGUGGGGGACUCGGGGGCCUCUGUCCGAGGUGCUGGAAUUUCUCUCUCUCUCUCUCCUCGCGCGCUCGCAGAUCUGUCCGAGGUGCUGGAUUUGUGUGUGUGUGUGUGUGUGUGUGUGUGCGUGCGUGUGUGCGUGCGUGCGUGUAGGUGACAGAAGAGACAGCCAGAAGAGACAGAACGGGUCGGCGAGAGAGGCGAUACUAACGUCGCGCGAUAAAGUCGGGCGAGGCGACGCGCGAAACACUCGUCUCCCCGAAAGGGCCCGAAGUCAUGACUGCCGCGACGCCGACCGCGCUCGAGCUCCUCGAACGUCUUUUCGCAGAUCCGGUGGAGCCGCGAAAGGUCUACCACUACUCUGACAUGGGAGAGGGAGAGGCUUCGACCGCGGCUGACAACAAAGAACGAGAGCUACGAGGGGAAGAAGAAGACGACGACGACGACGACGGCGACGGCGACGACGACGACGGCGACGACGACGACGGCGACGACGACGACGGCGGCGAAGAAUACAACCCGGAGAACGAAGCUUUGUCUUUGGAGGAGGAGGAGGAGGAGGAAGGAGAAGAAGAAGGAGAAGAAGAAGGAGGAGAAGAAGAAGGAGAAGAAGAAGAAGAAGACCGCGUCGUGGGCGAAAGACCCGAGACCUGCACCUUUCCGUCCAAAAACGGCGAACUGACGUGGUCCUCGACGGCGCACGGCAGACGGGGCGCGACCGACGAGCAGAGUCGGCCGGGUCCGCCGACCCCCGGGCCCACGGAGGAAGCGGCGUCCCGCGCCACCGACAUCGCCUCGACGUUCCGGCUGUUUGUGACGCCCGCGAUAGAAGACAUUGUCCUGGAGAUGACCAACCUCGAAGGUCGCAGAAGAUACGGGGACGACUGGAAAGGCAUGGACCGGGUCGACCUGCGCGCCUACGUGGGCCUCCUGAUCCUGGCGGGCGUGUACAGGUCCAGAGGGGAGGCCGCCGCCAGUCUGUGGGACGCGGAGAGCGGAAGGGCCAUUUUCCGCGCCACGAUGCCGCUGAAGGACUUUCACGCGUACUCGACACUGUUGCGAUUCGACGACCGCGAGACGAGGCGCGAGCGACGAGCGAGCGACAAACUGGCGGCCGUGCGAGACGUGUGGGACGCGUGGGUGCUCCGACUGCCGCUCCUCUACAACCCGGGGCCCGAGGUGACCGUGGACGAGCAGCUGGUUCCGUUCAGAGGGCGGUGUCCCUUCAGGCAGUACAUGCCCAGCAAGCCGGCGAAAUACGGAAUCAAGACGUGGGUGGCGUGCGACGCCAGAUCCAGCUACGCGUGGAAGAUGCAAGUGUACACCGGCAAGCCGACGACGGGCGGCGGCGGCCCCGAGAGGAACCUGGGGAUGAGGGUCGUGCUCGACGUCACGGAGGGCCUGGCGGGUCGCAACGUGACGUGCGACAAUUACUUCACGUCCUACGAGCUGGCGCGCCGGCUCCUGGCCAGGGGGAUCACCGUGGUCGGCACGGUUCGAAAGAACAAGCCCGAGCUUCCGCCCGCUCUGCUGGCGACGAGGGACAGGGCGGUGUUCUCUUCGAUGUUUGCGUUCACGCCCACCACGGCCCUGGUGUCCUACGUGCCCAAGAAAAACCGCAACGUGGUGCUCAUGAGCACGCGGCACGCCGAGGCCGAGGUCGGCGACCGCCCGGACGGGAAGCCCGCGAUCAUCCUGGACUACAACCGCAACAAGGGAGGCGUGGACAACCUGGACAAGGUGAUCGGCACGUACAGCUGCAGGAGGAUGACGGCCCGCUGGCCCCUGGUCGUGUUCCACAACGUCGUCGACGUGUCCGCCUACAACGCCUUCGUGAUAUGGCGAGAGGUCCGUCCCGACUGGAUGUCCGGCAAGCGGAGCAAGCGCAGGUUCUUCCUCGAGCGGCUCGGAAAAGAGCUCGUGACGCCGCUCGUCGAGAGGAGGGCGUGUCUCCCCCGCACGGAAGCGUCCGCGGCGGUCGUGCGGGCCGCCCGGAGGGCGCGCGGUCGAGCCGAGGCGGCGCCGGAGGCGGAACGGGAGCCGGAAACGCGGGCGGCGGCCGUCGCCUCGGCUCUGUCCAGGGUGGCGAGCAAGAGGAAGAGGUGUCAGAUUUGCCCGUCGAAGAAGGACAGCAAGACGCACACCGUCUGCUGCGCGUGCAGGAGGUACAUCUGCCGGGGCUGCUCGCGCGCGUUCUGCCCCGCCUGCGCCGACCGGCGUGUCUCGAGCGACGGAGGCGGGGGGCGCGGAGACGACGACGGCGGCGACGACGGAGGCGCGGCGCGCACCUGCGACUAUUGGAGGACGCGAGGACGACAAGGCGUGGAGGGGGGUGACGGCUGAACGCGCGCGUGCGUGCGUGCUACUACUAACGGAGGGCGGGGGUGAAGGCUGAAUGCUUGACGUAAUAAAAACACAAUGGAUGUACACACCAAUCUGCAUUGUCUUUAUUCACAUUUACACAAAUACUUGACGGAUACAUACAUACAUACAUAUAUAUAUAUAGUUUGCUUACUAUAGUAAAAGUUGCACCGUUUAACGUGAAAUUCUAAAUGAGUCUUCCUCGUCGACACGAACGCGGUCAUAAUACGCGACUCGCGCCCCCUCCAUUGUACCCACAAUGCAUCGGAGCAGGCUCGCCUGUUGUUGUGAGAGCCAAAUAUCCCAGAAUGCAUUUCAACCUAAGCGGCAGGCGACAACGACCGACGGAGGAAAAUAAACACACAGUCCGAGUUUUAUAAAUACUACUUUAUUUAAGUAACGUUAUGUAAUUUUAUGACUAAAGUUAGUUGUUAAAGCAAACGUUUGUCAACAGCCUUUAACGUAACAAUCUGCCCCGUGGACGUGUAGCGGACAUAACGGACCGUCAUAACGGACACCCUCCAGCGCCGGGAGGUCAGCUGAUCAUCUCGCAGCCCGCGGAGAGCGGCCUGUUUUCGUCGAGUCUGCUGUGAAAUGCUCCGCCGGUCGUUUUCGCGUCUCCGUAGCGGUUUAUACGUGAGACUCGUCGAGCUGUACCACGACGAGUCUUGGUACGUUUUCUAACGUGGUGUCAGAGACGGAGGUUGUUCACCGUCUGUUUGUUUAGAUUCAUAACUUCAUGUUUACAUGUAACUUUUGUACAUACGUAUUGUCUGUAUGCGCAGAGCGCAGCUUGUUUAUUGUCCAUCGUUGUGCAUUAAAACUAACAAUGUUUUAAUUAAAGGACA